AUGUCGACCGGGACAAUACUGCAGCCAACCAGCCAGCCGCAGCCUGUCGUUUGCUCGGUAUGCGACAACGCGCUGAGGAAUGCUGCCGCGGCGCAGAAAACCCAUGACGACACCCAUAGUACUACACAUGCAGCACACUCCGGCAGACUUGUCUACGCCAAACCUCAAGAUCUCCCUAGUUAUCCAUCCAUCGGCCUGCUCCCAAACGGAUCCGCUGCCAGUGCUGCUGCAACCCUGGGUUGGAGUGCAAAGAAGUCGCCCGAAAUUUGGAAGCCUGACAGCUCAAACUCAGCCUCGACUGCUGCUCUGCUGGCACAGAGCCGCAAAAUGCCCGUAGCAGCUACGUCGUCACCCAGCAGCCACGGCGCUCAAGCUGCUCUACUUGCCCACAAGUCGGCCAAGAACAAUGAGCCUUCGAAGCCGGCACCGUCGGACCAUGGCCAUUCCGCCGCAAACCAUGCCUUUAGAUCAGGUCGUGCGGCAGAGCUGUCUUUGACUGACCAAACCAAGACUCUGAACCGUCAGCGUUCUCUGAUAGCUGCCAAAGGCGCCAUGACUGUCCGACCCAGGUCAAACACUGCCCCUUCAGCCAAGGAGGAUUAUCCGGACAAGGGAAAUGCUUCCAGCAAUGCCUUGAAAGCCGCGACUGCCGUGCACAAGGCACCGCGCCCGAAUUCGAUGCAGCCCAAAGGUGGCGCUGUUCCCGUGACUACAAUGAACCGGCAGAUGUUCACGUCACAUCCUCCUGUAAAGCCCGAGGUCGAAGAGCAAAGUCGCGAGGAUCAAUUGCAUGCCUCGGCUGUCGCAAUGGCCAAGAAGAUGUUCACUCAGCAGCAAAAAGUCAUUGACCAGACAAAGAAGGCACACAACAAGGAUUCGACACCCCUAAGGCGCACAAGAAGCAUCAAUAGUUUGAGUAGCGAGGAAGAAGUCAGACCGAUGCAAUUCAACAAUCUCCAAGACGCUGCAUACAAGCUGGCCCAGGAAAGGUUGGCUAAGCUCCACGAAGACCACUUGAAGACCAGAGAAUAUCAGGAAUACUACGGACAGUCGAAGCAAAUGCGAAGGUUUAGUGUUCGGGGCAAGCUUACUAGGAGGAGGUCCAAUAGCGAUGGCGACAUUGUCGAAGACCAGAAGAGGUCACAGCAGAUCAGAAAGCAAAUGUCCAUCUUCAACUCCAAGCUCUCGCAAGUCGACACGCAGAAGCGACAACAGGACCGCGAUGCUCUUCUGGCUGUGGCGCAGAAGAACGUGCAAGCACGUAUGAAAGGUAUCGAUGACAAGAUAUCAGCUGAGACGGGCAUGGUCCCUCCCUCCACCACAAAGAAAUGGGAGGCCAAGGCGCAUGCUACAGCACAAUCUCGCAGCGACGAUCGAAUGACGCAUCAUGGAAAAGUCGAUAUUGGUGCUGGCAAAUUCAUGAGCCAGGAAGAGAUUGAUGCGAUUGCGGCGGCCAAUGUCAAGCCUACGUUGGACGAAAUCAACGAGAAGGCUGAGAAGGAACAAGCUAGGCUGACUGAGUUGAGGCUCGAGGCUGAAGCCAAGAAAGAAGCCCACGAGAGGGAAAAGGCUCGGGAUCGAGAGGUUGCCGCUGUGGCAAAGAAGUUGAAAGAACAGGAGAAACUUGAACAGAAGGAGAAGAAGGCUGAGGAGAAGCACGAAGCCAAAUUGAAGAAGGAAGCAGAAAAGAUCACCCACGAGCAAGAGAAGCGCCUAAGCAGGUCCAGAAGACAUCACAACUCACUUUCUGGUAGAAUUUCGCUGCACCGUCUUCGCCGUGAUGCUUCACCAGAGGGCAUAGCUGAAUACGGACCAGAUGGAACUCUGACACACGAUGAGGAGGAGCAAGUCGCACUCAACGACAUCGGCCAGCCUGUUAGGCUGCCGGCCACUUCGAGGACUGACAGGGCUGCUAGAGUGAGCAUACCACCACAAGGCGACAGGCAGACAAAAUCGGAGAGUUCAUCACCUACCGACAAAGCCUCUCAGGGCGCCAAGGUCAAGACCUGGUUCAAAUCCAGGUUCUCCCGCGGUUCUAGAUCGGAUGACGACAGGCCUGCAGACGGUGCCAGGAGGGGAUUCAUUGGCGGUCAUGCCCUCACUGGACUAGACAGUAACAAUGCCAGCACGACUAGCCUGGACGGACGCAGCGCUAGUAUGCGUGCUAUUGCCAUGGCCGGCCGGCAAAGAACAGAUGCUUCUGAAGCCACUUCUGCUGGCCACAGAUCAAUGGCCAACGCUGACGAUGUGUCGCCAGUGAGCAGCAGCGAGGAUGAAUACUUUGACGAAGCUAGGGACCACAUGGGCACCGAGCUGAGUCCACCGCGCCACCUCCAAGAUCCUGCGAAGAAGAAGAGCCACAGUCCAGUCCGGGACUCCAGAUUCCAUGAGAUUCUCUAA